CAAUAACGGGUCUUACUGACAGCGGACUGCAUCCACUGGCAGCCAGUAACUGCUUUAACAACCCUGCCAGAGGAGGACUUUCAGAUGUUGAUCAUGUGGAGAGUUUGAUGGGAAUCACAAAAAUCUCCGAUUUUUGUAAGUGAUGGUGUGAGGACUCAGUGAAGGGAGACUUAUGCGCAAACAUGCGGAUUUUUCUCCCUUUGCUGUGUGCUCUGUGUGCCACACCGGUCCACGGUAUUUUCGACGGGACCUGUCCCAAAAAAGAUCCUCCCCCUGGUUUGUUGGUUUUAUCUCCUGGCAGUAAGUUGGUUUUGAGCUGCAGCGGUCAUGUGGAAGCUGAUGGAGUAAAGGUUAGCUCAAACAUCAACAGAAAAGGGAGUCCUUCUGAUGCAACUCCAACCUCUUUUAACAUCACAAGCAACACUGAAGCCUUGACGAAAAGUGCCAUUAUUACUGUGGAGAAUACUGUGAGUGGGGGACACCACUCUAACACGACUGAGGCAGAAGAAAGCAAGAGCCUCAAACAUUCAGAAACAGCUUACACAGCGUCUCCUAGCCCUCAACCAGUCUGGGAGAACAGAGACUAUGGGGAGGAAGAGGAUGAGGAUGGUAGCAGAGUAACAAGGAGCAUAAAACCGGGGCUACAGUGGAAGUGGAACGGGAGGACUGUGGGAAAAGGAAACAGAGACUGGGGUGAAGUCAGCUUUGAGAGGAGAGGGGCUUCACUUUCUCUGUCCUCAGUAAGACUGUCGGACUCCGGCAGGUACACUUGUUAUCUCAAAGGCAGAGAGAGGUUCUCCCUAAAAGUCAAGGUGGCAGAUCCUCCAGAGACCCCCCAGCUGUCCUGCUACAAAAAGUCCCCGAGCAGUAAGAUUCGCUGUGAGUGGGCCCCUCAGAAACCCUUCACUAUAUUCCCUAACUGCUCCCUCUUCCUCAGUAAAAGCGCGAGAGAGUCAUUUCUUCCUUUGCAGUGCUCAUACUCAUCUAAACACUCCCGCUGUUGGUGUGCUCUGGAUCACAAUGAGGACGAGCUGAGAACCAAUUACAUGGCCUACCUGUGCGUCACAAGCAUCGCAGGCAACGCCACCAGCUCCCUGCUUUCAUUCAUGCCUCUGAACAUAUUGAAGCCCGACCCUCCAUCAGGUGUGUCAGUCCGACAGGAGGAGGGACAGGCGAUGAGGAUGACGGUCACCUGGAGUUUGCCCAUCUCUUGGAAGUCUCAAGACAGCUUUUAUGAACUAAUCCACGAGAUAAAAUACCGACCUCUCAAGUCCUUUGAUCAUUGGCAGACACACACAAUUAAGGGCCGACACUCAUAUACUAUAAGGGAUGCAAUGCCUGGUGUUGAAUACGUCAUACAGCUCAGGACUAGGGAAGAGUAUGAUGGUCAUUGGAGUGACUGGAGUACACCCGUCUAUGAAAGCAGCUGGACAGCAAAAGUGUCAGUGGAGUAUGAUGAUCUCACUGCCACAACGUUUUCAGUAUACACUGAAGGCUCUGGUGCAGAUGAUGAUCUGUCUGAUGUUCCUGAACCUGUGCUAAGUGGAAAUGAGGGAUCACGUCACCUGCUGUGGAUCUCUGGUUCAUUUGCUCUCUUGUCGGUCAUUUUGGCUGUUUUCACUUUCAGACACAGGGACAGGUUCAUGUCUAAACUCAAGAGCAGGAGUGUUAGCACCCAUGGUGACUCUGCUCAGCCUGCAACCUCCGCUCAAACACCUCCAGAAGGACAUCCUCUGGUGACCUUUGCUCCUCUUUGUAACAAAGAACCCCCACCGAGUGAAAUGGAAGAAAGUGAAGAAGAAAAACAGCGCCUGAAGGAAAGGAUGGAAGCCUUACAUUUCAACAACGGAAGUUAUUUCUUUCUCCAAAGGGAUUGACGAACCUUCAAAAGGGGAAUAAAACAAGCCAUAUCCCGUAUCACAUAUGAUGGAAAGGGUAAUAGACUCAAAACGUUUAUGGUUCUCUAAUGAGUUUUUAUUGCAAGCAAACUCAGGAACAGCUUUUAUAGUAUUUUUCUAUCUCUAUCUAAUGCCUUGAAUACCUCUGAGAACAUUUAUUUUGUUGUAUUCAUCCUAAGAUGAGCAGUUAAGCUACUCUCUCAUUUAUCUGUGGCAAUUCAAAGUCUUGAUAAACUUUAGGCUAGAUGUAUGCUAAUCAUACGGUUACAUAACCUAACAGCUUGUGUUCCGUUGGUAUGUACUUUAUUAAGUUUUAUUGAUUAUAUAACUUAGUUCCUGCCUUUUCAGUCCCCACAUAUUUUUUACAAGCUUUAUAAAACGGAUUGCAAAAAGUUGCUGUCAAAAGUAUUGGAUGUUGUGUUUUCCAUUAUGUUUGAAUAAAUAUGGUCUGAUGGUCA